AUGGAGGCUGCGUUCAAAAGAUUGCGACAGCUGCGGAAGGAAUACGAGGCCCUGGAACACGAAGUAGAGCCACGCGUUGAGCCAGAUGAAGAGCAACCGGAGGCAGCUCCAAAGGCGAAGCUUCAGCUGGCAAAGCUUGGUAUCGAUCUGGCUUCACAAGAAAAACGAGUGAUCCGGACGGGGCAAAGGCUGGCGAUCCAUUUGAUGCAUAAAGGGAACCUGACCCCCGAGAUGGCCAUGAGAUAUAUCCGAAGACAGGACAAGUGCUACUUCUCUGCCGGGGGCGACCUAUGGAGACACAAGACGAAGAAGGCACACUACGAAGAUUCCGAAACAGACCGAGUGCUGUGGUCAGGUUACUGCGCUCUCAUUCAACGCCCUUCUACUUCCAUCCCGCGUGAUGUCAACCUCAUCGCAUGUUCUCAUGCUGUGGUGGAAAGCAUUUUACCUCUUUACACAAGAUCAGAUGGCCGGGGAAGGCCACAAAGACGACCCUUUGCCUUUCUCAAGGACGCCGCGGACUAUUAUAGCGGCAGUGACGGAAAUGGCCGAGUCUGGUGUCAUGCGAGCGGCAUGUGGUAUCUCGACAAGGAUGUCGAAGCGGCACAUAUCGUACCCUUCUUUACCAAUACCGACUGUAUACCCGCAAUGCUGUUUGGCGACCGAGCGGAGUCGGUUGAACGAGCGGGGAACGCACUUCUGCUGGCUGACCAGAUCAAGAGUUGGCACGACCGCUAUUACAUUGUGAUCGUUCCGGUCGACGCGGCGGAAACCCCCAUCAGAAGAUGGAGGACCGAUGUCGUUUGCCCCGACAUCAAGGACUCACCACAUACGAGCAAUGGGGAUAAUGCAGGUGCUCUCGAUGGAAAGGAAUUGACGUUUCUCAACGACAAACGUCCAGUCCCGCGCUUCCUCUACUUCCGUUUCGUCAUGGCGCUCGUCCGCAUGAGGCGUCUCGAUCGCAGUGGAUGGCGAGAGGUCUGGGCAAAGUACCACUCGCAUCCGCCGUUCCCGACGCCAGGGAAAUAUGUACGGACGAGCGUGUUACUCGCACUUUCCUCUCAUUUUGACGCUCCCGAUACUUAUCUGAUUGACUCCUGGAUCCACGGACACGGCUUCGAAACGCCGUUGGAGCUGACUGAUGACGAGGCCAUGGAAGUGGCCCGCCGGGUACACAUGGCAGUCGAACAUACUGCCUCUCAAGCAGAGAAAAGGGACGACGACGAGGACGAGGAUGACGAUGAGGAUGACGACGAGGACGACGAUGAUGAUGACGACGAGGACGACGAUGAUGAUGAGGAUGAUGAUGAGGAUGAUGAUGAGGAUGAUGAUGAGGAUGAUGAUGAGGAUGAUGAUGAGGAUGAUGAUGACUACGUGAACGAAGACGAAGAUCAGGAAUGA